UCGGCUACGUUUAAUCCCCGCUGCCUGCGUCCCAUCCCAUCCUGCCGCAGGAACAGGACGCGGCAAGUCAGUUAGCGGUAAAAGUGGCGGCUGUCACGACCAGCAUCUCGGCUUAGACAUGGGGGAGAUCAUUCUGCCGCGGCGCAUGUUCCUCUGGUGCAUGGCGGCCAUAUAUCUGGCUGCUUUUGUUUCCUUGUAUGUGCAAAUACCAGGUCUCUACGGUAAUGACGGGCUGUUGCCUGCUCGUUGGCAGCUGCGAUACAGCGGUAAGCCCCUGGUGGAACAGCUGCUGUCCUCGCCCACCCUACUGUGGCUUGGACCUCGGCUCGGCCUGGACACGCAGACUGCCAUGGAGCUGCUGUGUCUCAUAGGGGCGGCACUGAGCCUUGCUGCCACGCUGAUGGAAGCUCUCCGAGACAGCGUGGUGUUCUUUUGCCUCUGGGCCUUGUACCUGUCCAUGUACCAGGUGGGCCAAGUUUUCCUCUACUUCCAGUGGGACAACCUGCUUCUAGAGACUGGGUUCCUCUGUAUCCUUGUUGCUCCACUGACAAUAAUCAGAGGGGCAAGAGCGGUCAGAGAACAUGAUCGUGUAACUUUCUGGCUGAUCCGCUGGCUGCUCUUCAGGCUAAUGUUCGCCUCUGGUGUGGUGAAGCUCACAUCACGUUGUCCCACAUGGUGGGGUCUUACAGCUUUGACAUAUCACUAUGAGACUCAGUGUAUUCCCACGCCACUCGCCUGGGUUGCCCACCAGUUGCCAGUCUGGUGGCAGAAGCUAAGUGUGGUGGGAACGCUUGUCAUAGAGAUCGCUGCACCUCUACUAUUCUUCAGUCCGCUACGUAGGCUCCGACUCGGGUCUUUUUACUUGCAGGUGCUUCUGCAAGUGCUCAUCAUUUUGUCUGGAAACUACAACUUCUUCAACCUGCUGACAUUGGCGGUCUGUCUGUCUCUGCUGGACGAUCAGCAUGUACACUUCUGGCUACGCAAAACAGACAAGACCAACAACAAUGACUCCAGGCUGUGGUCGUGGCUGUGUUACCUGCUGGAGUUGUCAGUCUGGUCUCUCAUGAUCUUUGGAACAAUUAUAUGUUUUGACCUGCAGCUGGAUAAAACAAAGAACGGCAUCUCCUCCAGGACAGCAUUCACAUACCACCAGUUUAACCAGUUUCUGAAGACUGUCACAAUCCCCUGUAUCUGGAUUGGGGUCCUCUCUCUCACCUGGGAGAUGGUCGCAGCUAUGUUCAGGUGUGCAUGUGUCUGUGGUUUCCUGAAGAGGUUUUGUGGAACCGUUCAGUGGACGGUGUUUGCUGCUGCCACUGCUGCCAUGUUCGCUGUCAGUCUGGUGCCAUUCACCUACAUAGAGUACGACUCCAAUACUAGAUUAUGGCCAGGAGUGCGUCGGGCCCAUGAGCUAGUGAAUCGUUACCAGCUGGUCAACUCAUAUGGCCUCUUCAGAAGGAUGACAGGCGUCGGGGGGCGGCCAGAAGUUGUUAUUGAGGGAAGCAAUGACGGAGUCACUUGGAUGGAGAUUGAGUUUAUGUAUAAGCCAGGAAACCUUAGUGCACCUCCACCUGUGCUGACACCUCACCAACCUAGGUUGGACUGGCAAAUGUGGUUUGCUGCCCUUGGGGCUCAUACACAGGCUCCAUGGUUCACCAGCCUGAUGUACAGACUGCUGCAGGGAAAGAGAGAUGUUAUAGAGUUGAUCCAGACAGAUGUAUCUCAGUAUCCGUUCCACCAGCAGCCUCCUGCCUACCUCCGAGCCCACCGCUACAGAUACUGGUUCACUGAACCAAAGGCUGACGGUUCUUACCCACAGCGCUGGUGGAGGAGGGUCUAUGAUGAGGAGUUCUAUCCCACUGUGCACCUGGGCAACACUGUCCUGGAAGGCAUGCUCAACCAGUAUGGACUCAAGGACAAAUCGCCUCCACGUGUAUCCAACACCACUGUUGCCCGGGCAGUGAGGUGGGUGCGCUCUCAGGUCAGAGGUGUUCCUACCCACACACUAAUCUGGACCCUCAUUGCCUGCAGCGCCACCUUCUGUCUCCUCCAAGGAUUGCGAAACAGGAACAAAGGGAACUUACUUAUUGAUUCGGCCGCUGUGACUGUGAACAAUCACACGGAAAAUCGUGAGAAGUCAGACGAACAGCAGGCAGUGGAAGAGGAGGAGGAAGGUGAAGACAGCGAAGAUGAAGUGGAGGAGGGUGAGGGGGAAGAGAGGGACACUGUUAGUGACAACAACGAGGGUGAGGAACAAGAUGAGGAAGAGGAAGAGGAAGAGGAAAGAGAUGAGCUACUCCGAAAGACAAAGCUUUAAUAAAGAUGCAGGUAAUCCCGUAGGGACUGUUAUCACCACCUGCCUUUAUAAAACAUUAAGAAAAUGACCAAAGAAAUUGUUCUUUGUAUAUUUCUAUUUGAAAAAAAAGUUUAUUUGCCUUAUAUCACCUACACUUUACCGCAGUACUUUGUUCAUAUAUCAGCUGUCUACAUCAGAAACCAAUGGCCUAAUCACUUUGGGUCAUUGGUUUUAAUUCAACACAUAUUGCCAGGUGUUUAUAUAUUUUAAAACCUCGUUGGGUCUGACUUUUAUGCUGAACUCAUAAGUGAAAUAUAAUCAUAAGAUCAAAUCAUGUUGAAUGACAGUAGAGAAAAAUAUAGAAUUUAAAAUGUAAGGUGGGUUCAGUCUUGUUCAUGUUACUAUGCCACUGUGUGUGUGUGUGUGUGUGUGUGUGUGUGUGUGUGUGUGUGUGUGUGUGUGUGUGUGUGUGUGUGUGUGUGUGUGUGUGUGUGUGUGUGUGUGUGUGUGUGUGUCUCUCUCACUGUGGUCACUUGCCUCUAUUGCUGUAUGUAAAGAACUAAAACAACUCUGCACUUUCUUUUCCACAAAUGUGUCUUUUGUUUCAAAAAUGAAAACAUUAUAGUACUUUAAAAAUGUUUUUAUAAGAUUAAAAUCCAAUAAAAUAAAAA